AUGGGCGCCGCCACCGAGGAGCAGCACCCCGGCGUCCUUAUUCUCGAUGGAGGCCUCGGCACCUCGCUCGAGGACAAGUACGGUGUCAAGUUCGAGUCUGCCACCACGCCUCUCUGGUCUACUCAUCUUCUUGUUGACGGCCAGGAUACCUUGCUUGCCUGUCAAAGAGACUUCGGCCACGUGCCCGUCGAUAUUAUUCUCACUGCCACCUACCAGCUGUCCAUACAUGGCUUCGCCAACACCCGCACUGCCAAGUAUCCCAAUGGUAUCGACCGGGCCACAAUCGGUAACUUUAUCCAGGACGCCAUCCGCAUUUCUCAUGAAGCCGGACGCGCUCAAGGCAGUAAGACGGCUCUCAGCAUCGGUCCCUAUGGCGCCUGCAUGAUUCCCGGACAAGAGUACAGCGGUGCCUAUGACGCCGAGCACGACUCGCUCGAGAAGCUGCGCGACUGGCAUCUGGAACGCCUGCAGCUGUUCAAGGACGCUGGUGCCUUCGCCCCUUCCAUUAGCUAUGUCGCCGUUGAGACCAUCCCCCGUGCCGAUGAGAUCAAGGCUGUGAGGCAAGCCCUCGACAAGAGUGGCGUCCUUGCGACCCAGGAUCCCAUCCCGUUCUGGAUCGCCUCCCUCUUCCCGCGCGAGGACGAGUGCCUGCCGGACGGUUCAUCCAUCAAGCAGGCUGUGGUGGCCAUGCUCAGCCCCGAGAUUGCCACAAGUCGUCCAUGGGGCAUCGGCAUCAACUGCACCAAGGUUUGGAAAUUGGAGUCCCUGGUCAAGAGCUACGAGUUGGCUGUCCAGGAGCUCAUCGAGGUCGGCGCCAUCGCCGAGGCCCCGGCCCUAGUCCUCUACCCGGAUGGCACCAACGGUGAAGUUUACAACACGACGACUCAGAAAUGGGAACUCCCCGAGGGAUCAAACCACCCUGCUACGUCGUGGGAAGCGCAGCUCUCCCAGGUGGUUGCUAACGCUGAGUCUCGAGGACUGUGGAAACAGAUAGUCGUGGGUGGAUGCUGCAAAGCAAGCCAUUCUGAUAUUGCCCGGCUCCGGACCGCGGUGGAAGGCCUAUCUCGCUAA